AUGGGGUUCUUUGUGACGCCAGAGAAAGCGAUCAAGUUCACGAAAUACAGCGUGGCUCUGGUAUGUUCUUGGCCACCGUCGCUUCUGGCUCCUAAAACUCAAAUUGCAAUUUUCAAUACACUGUGGUACACGUUGUUCGCUAGUGCGUUCGUGUUGCUUUUGCCGCUAUUAAGCGCGAUUUACGAGUUCCGUAUGGAACCCAUAAUUCUUGGGAAAACCGUAAGUCUUUUCGCGGCUGUCGCCCAAGUGGUGAUUAAAAUGACGGUCUGUCGCCUGCAGCAGAGGCAGUUUCAAGCAUUGUUCUUCGACAUGGAGGAUUUCUGCAAACGCGCGACCAAGGAUGAGAAACUCGUUCUCCAGCAUCACGUCGACAAAUACAAAUGCUUCCACGGCGUUUACACGUUCUGGUGUUUCAUGAUCACGAUGUUCGUUAUAAGCGGCCCGCUGUACACGCCGCAAACGUUUCCAACGCACGCGAGAUACCCGUUCUCGGUGGAACGACAGCCGAUUAAAAGUAUUAUCUUCUUACAUCAGUCGCUAGUUGGUUUCCAGGCCUCCGCUGGCAUGGCCGUCGAUGCUCAAUUUGCUCUUCUUAUGCGAUACGUGACGGCCAGAUUCGAGCUUUUGGCGGUGCAACUGCGGGCAGCCAAGUCCGAUCGCGACCUCAACGACUGCAUAGAAAGUCACGGGAAACUCUUGAGAUAUACGAGGGACGUGCACAAAUCCGUCAUAGUUAUAGUUUUGGCAACGGUAGCGACGACAAACUUGGCGGUGAUAUUUGGCAGUUUAAAUUUAGUCACCAAUCAACCGUUACUGUUGAAAGCUUUAUACGCCCUCGUGGUGUUCAGCGCUAGUUUGGAAUUAUUCAUGUACGCUUGGCCGGCUGAUACUCUCAUACACAUGAGUGCAAAGACUGCUAUGGUCGCUUACAACACAGAGUGGUACAAAUGGGACACUCGAAUGCAGAAAAAGAUUUUUUAUAUCAUACUGAGGUCUCAUAAACUCGUAGCCAUUCGAAUCAACGGCAUUCUGCCAAACCUUUCGUUGUCCUAUUACACAAUGUAUCUGUACAAAGCAUUCUCCUACUUCACAGCAGUGCGUAUCAUGGUCGGAACCGCCAACGAUGCAUGACGUUUUAAACAACGAAGGGUCUAGUAACC